CUGGAAUCCUCUGCCAGUUGCUCGAACCCUGUGUCAGGAACGAGGUCUCGCCUUUCAUACAUAGUCCAACGGGACCCCGGCCCUUCUUCUUUUCCAAAACCCUAAAACCCCAAUCAAAGAUCUAAUCUUCCGGAACACCAUGGCCGUGCUCUCCGAUUACGAAGAACCAGAAGAUCAACAGAAGCCUUCCAACUCAUCAUCGUCGUCUACAACAAAGCAGUUCACCGCCGAGCUGGACCCCUCGCAGCCUUUAGGGUUUCUGGAGAGGGUUUUCGAAUUCGUCUCUCGCGAGUCCGAUCUGUUCAAGAGCGAAUCCGUGAUUAGGGACGUAAAUGCUCUGGUUCGCGGCGUGAAGGACAAGGUGGACGCCGCUGAGAGGAAGGAGAAGGAGAAAGAGAAGGAGAAGGAGAAGCAGAAGCAGAAGAAGGCCGAGGACGAGAAACGCGCCGAAGAGUCGAAGGUUUCGGCAUCUGUCAGCGCGAAGGAAGAGAAGAAGGAUGAGAAGAGCUCCGACCGCAAGCAAUCUCCAAAUAAAGGAAAUGGUCUUGAUUUGGAUAACUAUUCGUGGAGCCAAACCUUGCAAGAAGUUACAGUCAAUAUUCCAGUCCCUCCAGGAACUAAAUCAAGAUUUAUUGCAUGCGAGAUAAAGAAGAACCAUCUGAAAGUUGGACUUAAGGGUCAGCCCCCAAUAAUUGAUGCUGAACUGUUUCAACCUGUCAAGGUUGAAGAUUGCUUCUGGAGCUUAGAGGAUCAGAAAUCCAUCUCUAUACUUCUUACAAAACAUAACCAAAUGGAAUGGUGGAAGUGUUUGGUAAAAGGUGAUCCUGAAAUUGACACUCAGAAGGUAGAACCUGAAAACAGCAAGCUUUCUGAUUUGGACCCAGAGACACGAUCCACUGUGGAAAAGAUGAUGUUUGACCAGCGGCAGAAGUCCAUGGGCCUUCCAACAAGUGAUGAGAUGCAGAAACAAGAGAUUCUCAAGAAAUUCAUGUCUGAGCAUCCUGAGAUGGACUUUUCCAGGGCAAAAAUAUCUUAAGGGAGUAAUAGAAGACAUCUCAUUGAAAGAAAGACGAAGCCCCAAGUUAUUCGCUUGCAUCCGGAUGAUAGAAAGGAGAAAGUUGCUUGGAUGACAAUAAAUUCUUUGUGGGGUCUAUUUUUGUCAUCUAGGGAUGAGAUCUGUGGGACAUGAUUAAAAUUUUUUCUUUGUGUGAAAAAAAUAAAGGCUCCUUGGUUGAGUGUGGACAGAGUGGAAUAAGUAUGUAACCAAAUAGGUUGAGGAAGUUUAAGAAAAACUGUGGGAGAUGUGUAGAUGUCAUAUGAGUUACAACUUACAAGGGCAUUACAAAAGAUAAGGUGAUGAGUUAAAAUUUAUAUCAUUGAUCUUAUAUAGUGCGCUAAAGUUUGCUAGAUGGUGUACUUGGGGGUUAGGGUUUUGCCAAGAGGAUCAUAGCUAUGUUUUCAUGUUUUGUUGAUGUAAUUUGAGAGAAAGGAAUGCCAUUGCUUCAAAUCGCAUACCAUACUUUGCUCUCGCUUCUCUCUUGAGGGCCUGGUUCAAGAACAAGUCUAUUAUGACUUAACCAGAUUAUGUUGGCCCGACCCAACUGAUCUCUGUCAGUAGCCAUUUUAGUUGUGGAUUUGCGUGGUGACCUGCUUCUACUAAAUUGUAUUAUUGUAGAAGUGGUAUAUUCUGGUGGCUAACCUCAAGAAA